ACAAAUUGCCAAAAAUCAACAGCAACAGCAAUCAGCACAGUGUGACAAAAACAACAGCAGCAGCAACAGCUGUCAGCAUGCCGCUCUCGCAGGGAUAUUUCAUGAAGCCCACUGUGGCCAACAAACGUGCGCUCAAGGCAAUGCGCAAGGAGCAACAAAAGCAGCAACAACAACACCAACAACAGCAGCAGCAGCAACCAACAACAGCAACACAUACACUGCAGGCGCUACUGCAAAACAACAACAACAACAAUGGGAACAGCAAUUUGCAAGUUUCAUAUUUGCUGGGCGAAUCGUUUGCACGCUUGGGCAGCUUGCCACAAGCCUUUGAGGUCUAUGAGCUGAUUGCCAGUGGCCAUCAGGACGGCUAUGUGCCGCUCGAGAAACUCAGUCUGCUCGCCAGCGCGCUAACCUCGCAUAUACGUCAGCUGGGCGCAGCGGCCACGCCCACGCAACAGUGUGCGCCAACGCUGAUCGAUUUGCAUGCGCCCACGCGAGAACUAGGGAAAGUGCCAAGUCCAGCGCUCAGCGAUGAUUACAAUCCGCUGCUCUGUCCACUUUGCCUCGAUAUGCUGCGCAGUCCGGUGACCACAAAUUGUGGCCAUAGCUUCUGUGGCCAAUGCUGCGAGACUAUAACGCAAUGCAACAUUUGCCAUGUGAAGUUUCCACGCAGCGCACAGCGCAUGCCACAAACUGUAGCAUCCACGCAUACAAGCAACAGCAACAGCAGCGUUGCUAAUUACAGUUACUCUGCUACCAGCUCCGCUGCGAGUUACAGCUACAGCGGCAUGGGCAGCCUCAGCGCUAUAUCCACGCCGCGAUUCUUUGGCGGUAGCAACAGCAACAACAGCAGCAGCAUCUAUGGACCCACCACUGUAACCACCACCACAGUAGCCUCCACCACUGCAACUGCCACCACAACAAUGGCAAGCAGCAGCAGCGCUGUUGCUGUGGGCAGCGGCGCUUAUGCCUUGGCUGGCGGCCUCAGCGCUGGCAGCAGCAGCAGCAGCUUGGGCAGCAGCAUGGGCGCCAUGAAGUUCAUGCCCGAUGUGCUGGUGCGUCGCCUGGUGGAGAAGUGGUGGGGCGCCGAGCUGCAGGCGAAAAAGAUUAGCGAACGCGCCAGCAGCUGCAUGCAUCUGAAUCGUCUGGACGAUGCGCUCAAGUUCUGCAAUGCCAGCCUCGAGAAAGCUCCUAGCAAUUUCAAGAGUCUUUGUCUGCGCGCCGAGGUGCUGCUUAAGCUAAGUCACUAUCAAAGCUCGCUGGCGGAUAUAGAAAAUGCAUUGCGCACGCGUUGCACAUCGCCCAAGGCACACUAUUUACGCGCCUUGGCACUCAGUGGUCUGGGCAGACUGGAGGAUGCGCUGUACAAUGGAUUUCUGGCCAUUUGUCUAGACAAGAACACAAAUCUCAGCAACUCGGAAAUAUUUCAACAUGAUCUCGCCAAGAUACUGCAACGUCUCCUGGCACAAACGCCCAAGACUCGCACGGCUGUGGAGUCGCUGCCACAUGUGGCAAGCAAAGCACCGCCGUAUGCGCUUAUAUGGGAGCAACUGCGUCGUCGACGAAAACAGCAUCACCAUGUGCAUCUGGACGAUGUGGAGGACGAGUUUGGUCUGAGCUGCGAGCAGCACUACGACGACAAUUACAUUAUGGCCGACGAGGAGGAGGAUGAGGAGGUGGAGGUAGAUGUGGAUGUGGUCGAUGCGCGCUCCAUGCACAUGGAUGGCGAUUUUCUAUUUCCCAGCGCCUUGGACUAUAUCGAUCAGCAUAAUGUCUACGAUCAGCUGCAUAGCGCCAAAUUGCAGGCGCGUCGUCGUCACGCCAAUCGCAAGCAUUGCCGCAGAAAAUGGGGCACAUCCCAUGAUCUGCAGCUUGCGCCGCCCUUGGAGGCCAACUUUGAGAGCUCCCGCUGCAGUCGUCUGCUGAGCAAUGUGCUCCAACGCACACAAUUCGAGCUGCAGCGUUUGAAAAAGCUGGACGCCACUGUGCAGCGACAGCUGACUGCUGUGCCUGGACAGCUGAUCGAUGCCAGCGAUUUCGAUUGCGUGUUGUGCUGCCGCACGCUGUGGAAGCCCGUGGUGACGCCCUGCGGACACACGUACUGUCUGGUAUGCUUGGAUCGUUGCAUGGAUUACAAGUCCUCGUGUCCAUUGUGCAUGUCACCACUUGUGGAACUAAAUGUCAAUAAUAAUCUGUAUCAGGGCUCAUCCUCGCCAGUACCCUUUGCGCUGGCCAAGCGGCCAGUAACGAAAUUCCUAGAAGCCGCAAUGAAACGAUUCAUUCCAGACCACUACGAGGCGCGCUUUCGCCAAGAGAUCGAUCAGGAGCCAUCGGUGCCGGUGUUCAUCUGCACCGCUGCCUUUCCCGCCGUCCCCUGUCCGCUCUUCGUCUGCGAUCCACGCUACCGCCUCAUGGUGCGUCGUGCACUCGAGUCGGGCGACAAGACUUUCGGCAUUGUUGAGCCGCAUAGCGGUAAAUCGCGCUACUAUGAUUACGGCACCAUGCUGGACAUACGGGACUGCGUGCUGCUGGGCGACGGUUGCUCCAUACUGAGCACCAUUGGCUGCAAGCGCUUUAAGAUCCUGGCGCGCAGCGAGAAAGAUGGCUACGAGACGGCCAAGGUGGAGUACAUAUGCGAUGAGCCCAUUGCCAGCGAUCAGGUCAAUGCCUUGGCGGCCAUGCAGCUGCUGGUGAUGACCAAGGCCACCAGCUGGUUCGAGAGCCUCAGCGGCGAGCAGAAGCACGAGAUACUGCAGAGCUAUGGCGAGAUGCCGCCCGUGGAGCAGAGCUGGGAGCUAAUUACCGAUGGGCCAGCCUGGGCUUGGUGGAUCAUAGCAUUGCUGCCGCUCUCCCAGAACUUGAAGGUGGACAUUUUGGCGACUACAUCGCUGAAGAAGCGACUGCGCGCUAUAGACAAGACGCUCGACUGGCUGCGUGAGCUUAGCCAGGCGCAGCAGCAGCAGCAGGCGUCGGCGGCAGCGCAGUCGCCGCAGCAGGCGCACGAUCUCAGUUUGGACUGCGAGGAGCAGGAGCAGGAGGUGGCAGGAGUGGAGGUGGAGGCUGUGGGCGUGGACGUCGAUGUCGACGAGUGCUGCCUGUUUGAGCCGCACACCGAUGAGGAGCUGCUGUUGUAGUUUUAGUUCAAACACACACACACACACACAGACACAACAACUACUACAAAUACACUCUCAUGUAAAUUCUGUAAUUCGGUGUCUAAGCCAUUCUAUUACACGUUACUGUUAUCCUAGGGGCCAAAAACAAAAGAAAACGAAAUGAUAUAUGUAUGUCUAUGUGUAUAAACUUAGCAGAACCAAAUUAUCAGUAGUCUAAACUCUAUAUAUAUAUAGCUGUAUACUCUCCAUGAAUAGAAAAACAAAAUACAAUCAAAAGUCGUAACCAACUCCAGUUAACCAAGUUACUUAGUGUGCCCCCCUCCCCCCAAACAAAGUCUUGUUUCAUCCACAUUCCACUUGAGAUCAAAUCAAGCAAUCCAUAAACAAAUAAAAGUAAACAACAACAACUCAUGGUUUCUAACUCAACUCAACACACAAAUUUUAAAAGCCAACAAAUUAAUAUAAAUAAAAUAGAUUUCUUUUUUGUGAAGCGGCUGGAACUCUAAGACAAUCUAAUACAUUUUUUUUCAUCUCUUUUGUAUAACUAUAAAAACAUGUAGAAACUUUUGAAUAGCAAACGCAUACUAUAUAGUAGUUAUAGCGAGAAAUAUGUUGUGUGAGAGGGAGAGAGAAAGAGAGCAUAAUAGUUAGCCCAGUUGUAUAAUCAAAUUUUAUCCUUUUUGCAACUUUUUUCGUUACACUCUUAACUUGAAUAUUUUCUUCUCUACUAUUCUAUUCUACUACACAACUCUAACCAACAUUGAACAAUUCUUUUCACUUUACUUUGAUCUAAAAGUCCGCAUUCCUAAACUAAGCUUAAAUUAAUUAAUAUUUUCGCAAGUCGUAAUUUACAUUUAGCUCGUAAGCCUCAUGCCUCAUUUUAUGUUCUUGUGUCAAGCAAAUGAAUUUUAAAAACAACAAUUUGCUUUUUGCCAGUCAGCUCAUUUAUUAAUAUACAAUACAAAA